AAAGCAUCUUAAUAGUUAAUAUCUUUCAUGGUCCAUCAUCCAAUGAGCGAGGACAAGGCUAAAAGAGAAAGAACAAAUUAAGGUGAGAUAGUAUAUUAUUCCGCUUUUCAGGGUAAGAUAGUAUAUUGUUCCGCUUUCCAUUACUUAUUCUAUGGAAGCACGAGAACAAUACAACCAAGAAACACAAUAUUAAUAUGAACCAGACGUUACCUGCUUUCAUGUGCUUGAGUUUUCUCUGAUGUAUAAGAACUGUGUGUUAAUUACUUAGGCCAUAUACAUACAUAUAGAGUUAGAGAGAUGAUAUCACCAUCAAGUGCCCUUAACAUGGAAGAAGAGGAGAACAACUUAGAAAUUGAAAGAGAUGAGGACUUAUUGGAAGAUCAGUUGCCAGCUGGUGAGAUUCAGUCUCAGCCAUGGAGAGAUCAGAUAACAGUGAGAGGAUUGUUUGUGAGCAUGAUGAUUGGAAUCAUAUACAGCAUAAUAGCCAUGAAGCUCAACCUCACAACUGGAUUAGUUCCUAACUUGAAUGUAUCUGCUGCUCUUCUUGCUUUUGUAUUUGUCAGAAGCUGGACCAAAGUGCUCCACAAGGCUGGCUUUGUAUCCAAGCCCUUCACCCGCCAGGAAAACACCAUUAUACAGACUUGUGCUGUUGCAUGUUAUAGCAUUGCUGUCUCAGGAGGAUUUGCUUCUUAUCUGUUGGGAUUAAACAGGAAGACAUAUGAGUUGUCUGGAGCAGGCAAUGAGGGUAACAGCGCAAGCGCUGUUAAAGAACCUGGAUUUGGUUGGAUGACUGGCUUCCUUUUUGUGGUUUGCUUUGUUGGACUCUUUGUCUUGAUUCCACUCAGAAAGAUAAUGAUAGUUGACCUCAAAUUAACUUAUCCUAGUGGCUUGGCAACAGCGGUUCUCAUCAAUGGUUUCCAUACCCGGGGUGACAAAAUGGCCAAGAAGCAAGUGCGGGGGUUCUUGAAGUAUUUUUCUGUCAGUUUCUUAUGGGGUUUAUUUAAAUGGUUCUUCUCAGGUAUAGAGGACUGUGGAUUCGAACAGUUCCCUACCUUUGGAUUGCAAGCUUGGAAGCAAACAUUCUAUUUCGAUUUUAGCACGACUUUUGUGGGAGCAGGAAUGAUUUGCUCCCACCUUGUGAACUUGUCAUUGCUCCUUGGAGCCGUGCUCUCUUUUGGGCUCAUGUUUCCGCUUAUUGAUCGGCGUAAAGGACAUUGGUUCCCUGACAAUUUAGAAGAAAGUAACAUGAGAGGUUUAUACGGUUAUAAGGUGUUUCUAUCCAUUGCUCUAAUCCUGGGUGAUGGCAUAUACAAUUUCACCAAGAUUCUAGUGUCCAUAGUCCUCAGCGUACUUGAAAGAACGAGGAGCAAGAACCAUAAAAAUGUAGCUGCUACUAAUCCCGCUGGGGACCUUAAACAUAGUGAAACAUUCCUCAAGGAGAACAUUCCCAUGGGGAUUGGACUCGCUGGAUACGUUGUUUUCACGGUCAUUUCCAUAAUUAUAAUCCCACAAAUGUUUCCGCAGCUGAAAUGGUACUACGUUGUGGUUGCUUACAUUUUUGCUCCAUCUCUGGCAUUUUGUAAUGCUUAUGGAGCAGGUCUCACCGAUAUAAACAUGGCAUAUAAUUAUGGGAAAGUUGCACUCUUCGUGCUGGCAGCUAUUACAGGAAAAGAGAAUGGUGUGGUGGCAGGACUUGUGGGUUGUGGACUCGUUAAAUCCGUGGUCUCGGUGUCCUGCAAUCUGAUGCAAGAUUUUAAAACUGCUCAUUACACACGUACAUCUCCCAGAGCAAUGUUCGUGUGCCAAGUAAUCGGCACUGCAAUAGGUUGUGUAACAGCUCCUCUGAGCUUCUUCCUCUACUACAAGGCAUUUGAUGUGGGAAACCCGAACGGAGAAUUCAAAGCUCCUUAUGCGCUAAUAUACAGAAACAUGGCAGUUAUAGGUGUUGAAGGUUUCUCAGCAUUACCCAACCAUUGCUUGCAGCUUUGCUUUGGGUUCUUUGCUUUUGCCAUAGGAGUAAACAUGGUAAGAGAUUUUUCACCCCAAAAGAUUGGGAAAUGGAUGCCAUUACCAAUGGUCAUGGCCGUACCAUUUCUGGUUGGGGCAUACUUUGCAAUUGAUAUGAGCAUAGGUAGUUUGAUUGUGUUCGUGUGGCACAAGCUUAACACCAAGAAGGCAGAGUUGAUGGUUCCAGCAACUGCCUCUGGACUAAUUUGUGGGGAAGGACUCUGGACUCUUCCUGCUGCAAUUCUUGCUCUUGCGAAAAUUAAUCCUCCUAUCUGCAUGAAAUUUGUUGCUUCCUAGAACUUGGCCGAGCACAUAAAGCAAUGAAUGCCUCACGCUAUAUUCAAUGCUAUAGGAAUUAGCUAGUAGUGCAACCUCCUUUAUUUUUAUUUUAUUUUGGUCAACGCUAGUACACUAUGAAGCACACAUCAGUUAGAACAGUUUGUAACACAUCACAAUUUUCUGACAAAAAUAAGGCAUGUUUCUAUAAGGCAGCUCUCGCAUGUAAAUUCCCCCUACCCCAAAAAUAAUAAUAAACGAAACCUCU